AGGGUUGGAAAAAAGAGAGGGUUGUGGCUGAGUUCUGGGAUGGAAAGAUUAUUCUUGUUCUUCCUGAUGAUCCUAAGUAUGCCACAAAAAAGGCAGAGGACGUGAGACGGAUUGCAGACAGUGAAUUGGGCUUUCAGCAGAUCACCCUCAGUAGCCCGAGCUCAGCUAAAACCUACCUGUUCAUUAACAGCGACAGGAUGGUGGUGGGAUGUCUGGUGGCUGAAAAUAUUAGACAGGCUUUUCGGGUGCUGGAACAGCAAGAGAAACCCAAAGACAUGAGCAAGGAGGAUUUCAUGGAGCACCACAGAGCCUGGUGCUGCUCUACCGUGCCGGAAAAAGCCAUCUGUGGUGUCAGUCGCAUCUGGGUUUUCAGUCUGAUGAGGAGGAAGGGCAUCGCCACUCGCCUUCUGGACACAGUCAGGACUACUUUCAUGUACGGGAGCCACCUGACCAAAGAGGAAAUCGCCUUCUCUGACCCUACACCAGAAGGAAAGCUGUUUGCUACGAAGUACUGUGAGACACCAACAUUUCUGGUGUACAACUUCAUCAGUUAAAGAAAAACGUUUCCUGUAGGUUUUAGUAUGACUGCAUUUGUGAAUGCUUUUGUAAGUUUUUAAUAGAUAAAAAAUUGUUAGAUGUUCAAAUGAAGUUCAGUCUAAUAUGAUAAAUCUCAUGUAGUGUUCCAGAUUUGUUCAGGAGAAAAUCCAUGUUUUACUGUUGUGUAGAGAUUGAUGGAUUGUCUUUGACAGUGAGUUCAUGAAAUCAUAUUUAAGACACUUUACAUUAGCACGAAUGCAAGCUUUAAGGUUCCUGUUUGGAAAAUUCAUAAUUUCCUUGAAGUUAGUUGUAAAAUGAACAAGAACUUUCAAUUGAACUGCUCCUUGCUUUUGACUUUGUACAUAUUUUUAAAUAAAUUGUACUUAUUC